CUAAGCAACAAAAUAUAUCAAAUUUUUUUUUUCUUUGAAUUUGACGUUUGUUCUUAUUUAUCUGUUUUCGUUUGCGGAGGUGAUAAUGAAGUAAUCAUCUCGGAUUUAUUGGGCCUUGAGUCCAUAUUUGAAGAUAGGGAGAGUUGGAGUGAAUAUUUUAUAUUUGAGCUUUUUUCAUUCAGUAUUUCCAUAAUUAAUGGUUUUUCUCGUUCGGAGUGCGUUGUCUGAUCAAUCGGGUGGGGAAACCACUUCGUAUUUUCUUUUAUUAUUGCUGUAACGCUAAAAAAUUGAUGCAUUCCUAUUGUUAGUCGUGCUUAUCAAUCAUCUCAGGGCACUCAGUGGUCAAUAACUGCGAUAGAAUGUCCAGAGCAGAGAAACAUCUCACCAAAUUUUACAAUUGUAGAAUAUUGAGAAGUGGAGAAAUUAUUAAAGAGCAUUUGUGGGUGCGUGAUGGGAGGAUUGUGGAUCCAGAGAAGAUUUUUUAUGAUGAGAAAAUUAAACCUGAUGAGAUCAUUGACUGCAGGGGAGCUCUCAUAUCACCAGGGUUCAUAGAAAUGCAGAUCAAUGGGGGAUAUGGCAUUGACUUCUCCCACAACGUCGAUCACGUGGAGGAGGGCGUCAGCAAAGUAGCUAAGGAGCUCUUGGCACAUGGGGUGACCUCAUUCUGUCCAACUCUAGUGACAUCUUCUGCGGAAACUUAUCGCAAGGUCCUCCCGAAGAUCAAGAAGACUGAUGGAGGCCCUCAGGGCGCUGGGAUUCUUGGAGUCCACGUGGAGGGGCCUUUUAUUAGCCCGAAUAAAAAGGGAGCACACGAGGAAUUCUAUAUCAAACGAUUCGAUGAAGGAUUCAACACUCUCAUGGAUGUUUAUGGAAGCCUCGAGAACAUAUGUUACCUUACUCUGGCUCCAGAACUGCUCAAUGCCUGUGAUGUUAUCGAGGAAUUGUGCAGUAGAAACAUCAAAGUUUCUGUAGGCCACUCGACAGCCAAUCUGAAAGAAGGUGAAGAGGCAGUGAGAGUUGGUGCAUCCUUCAUCACUCAUUUAUUCAAUGCAAUGCUGCCAUUUCAUCACAGAGAUCCAGGACUAGUGGGUCUCUUGACAUCCGAUCAAAUUCCUCCAUCUAAAAAAGUUCAUUUCGGAAUAAUUGCCGAUGGUAUUCACACUCAUCCUGCUGCCUUACGAAUAGCCCACAGAACUGAUCCAGAAGGGCUUGUACUGGUGACCGAUGCUAUUUCCGCUCUGGGUCUCCGAGAGGGUCUCCACAGGCUUGGACAACAGGAUAUUGAGGUCAGGGGUGGACGUGCGUACAUUGCCAGGACGGAUACAUUAUGCGGAAGCACUGCCGAGAUGUCUGAAUGUGUUAGAUUCUUCAAACAAGCCACAGGUUGCACAACAGUGGAUGCUCUGGAAGCAGCUACUCUGCACCCAGCCAGGGCUUUAGAUCUCGAAAAACGUAAGGGUGUCCUUGAAUUCGGUGCUGAUGCUGAUUUCAUAAUGCUUAAUGAUCACUUGGACGUACUAUCAACUUGGAUUGCUGGAGAGCGAGUUUAUGUGAACGUGAAAUCUCUAGCUUCUGAUCGAGCCGAGCUCGCACGACAAGGGACUCCCGAACACUUAUAAAAAUCCUACAGCCUAAUGCAUUUAUUUCUGAGGAAAAGUUUCUACUCGAAGAUUCAUGACUAUUUUUAUAACCAAUGAUGACGAAUUUCGGAGGUUUUUACAAUGAUAAAACAAUCUUUAUUCUCUACUGAAUAUGAUGAAAUAAAAAAUUGUGAUAUAGGCACAGUAA